AUGUCUCCCAACUUCCAUCUGUUCUUUGUAUACGCUUUAACCUUCUGGUUACAAUACUCCUUGGCCUACCACGGAACAUCAGCGGACUCCAUCACCGUCGGUUUCGCACUCACAGUCGACCAUGCCACUGCUACAAUUCGCCACAACAGCACAUUCUUCGAGGAUCUGGUCAAAGUCGAAGCUUGUGAAGAAUAUGUCAAGUUGAUGAAACUGUUCUCGUUGGAGUCCUCCCAACAUCCCAGCCCACCGUACGAAUCACUUGGUGAUCUAUGGAACGACAUACCUCGCCAAAGAGAACGAGCCGCACGCAGAGAGAAAGGACUUCCUGCUUCAUCGGAGGUGGCCGUGAUUGCAACAUUACUCAAAGCCAUCGCGGAUGUCGCCGAAGCAUCUGUGGGUGAUCCUAUCGCCGCUCUAGUGAGCUUCCCUGCUCUGCCUGGUCUAUAUCAAGAGGACAUAGUCGACGCUGCCUAUUACAUCGGUCUUCCAAAGUUGGCGAGAGGCCAUGCGGAUCAUCCUCACGAGAUGGUUGCCGCGUACGCAGGUUACGGCUACGGCUUGUGCAAAAGCUACAACCGUGUGAAUCGAUGCUUACCGGAUCGUGGACACGACUUCCCAUCGCGUGCUGUGCUAUUGAUCGAGUACACUGAGACUGCACUGCUAUUGCACUUGGACACCUUGGGUAAAGCGGUCGAAUUGUCGUGGCCGAACAUGUACUUGGAUCUUCACUUCGAUCUUGGUAGUUCGACGACGCCGGACGAGCAGGAUGUUCGUAAUAGUGUACUCCGCUUUCUGUAUCAUCAUUACAACGAGCGACUGAAGGAAGGACCGCCGAACAUGACUGUCAUUCUGGUGGGCGACCCCACGAGCGCUAGUGAUGGCAAGGUACAGCGGGCAACAACGAUUGUGCUUGAAGCUCUUGGGGCGCACGCCGACGUCCUGGCUGAGAACCCUGCAUAUAUGGCAGCAAGGGGAGCUGCAGAGAUGGCGUGGCGCACAUUUGAUGUGGACGAAAGAAUGGAGUUGUAG